AUGGUGAUGACUCACAUUUCCCUGUACGGUAUCCAGCUAUCAGUGCACUUGAAGAGCUGUGCCUUUGUAUAUUUUUUAAUAAGCGACCGUGACAGAGACCCACAAUGUAACCUCCACUGCUCCAGGUCCCAGUCCAAACCCCUCUGCGCCUCAGAUGGCCGGACGUACGAGUCAAUGUGUGACUACCAGAGAGCCAAAUGCAGGGACUCAGGUCUGAGUGUGGUGCAUCGAGGCAGAUGCAAAGAUGCUGGCCAAAGUAAGUGUCGAUUAGAGAGGGCUCAGGCACUGGAACAGGCAAAGAAGCCCCAGGAAGCGGUCUUCAUUCCAGAAUGCAAUGAGGAUGGAUCAUUCACACAAGUGCAAUGCCAUACCUACACCGGAUACUGUUGGUGUGUCACUCCCGAUGGCAAACCCAUCAGCGGCUCUUCUGUACAGAAUAAAACUCCUGUAUGUUCAGGUUCAGUAACUGAUAAGCCAUCGAGCCAGGGUAACUCGGGGAGGAAAGUUUCUUUUCGGUUCUUUUUAACCCUCAAUUCAGAUGAUGGUUCGAAGCCCACGCCCACCAUGGAGACCCAGCCUAUUUUUGAUGGUGAAGAAAUCACAGCUCCCACACUUUGGAUCAAACACUUGGUCAUCAAAGAUUCCAAACUGAACAGCUCCAGUAUGAGAAAUUCAGAGAAAGUUCACUCAUGUGACCAGGAGAGACAGAGUGCCUUGGAGGAGGCCAGGCAGAACCCCCGUGAGGGUAUUGUCAUCCCAGAGUGUGCUCCUGGCGGGCUGUACAAACCUGUGCAAUGUCAUCAGUCCACAGGGUACUGCUGGUGUGUCCUGGUGGACACGGGGCGCCCCUUGCCUGGUACUUCUACCCGCUAUGAGACCCCGGUGUGUGAAAGUGAUGCCAGAUCGAAGAGCACAGAGAUUGACGAUCCAUUCAAGGACCGAGAGCUUCCAGGCUGCCCAGAAGGGAAGAAAGUAGAAUUUAUUACCAGCUUACUAGAUGCUCUGACUACGGACAUGGUACAGGCCAUUAACUCAGCUGCACCUGCUGGAGGUGGGAGGCAGGGCACAUCUGAGAGGAAAGAAGAAAAAUUGUGGUUCUCUGAGCCGGAUCCCAGCCACACGCUGGAGGAGCGGGUGGUACAUUGGUACUUCAGCCAGCUGGACAACAAUAGCAGCAGUGACAUCAACAAGCGGGAGAUGAAGCCCUUUAAGCGGUACGUGAAGAAGAAAGCCAAGCCCAAGAAAUGUGCUCGACGCUUCGCUGACUACUGCGACCUCAACAAGGACAAGUCUAUCUCGCUGCAGGAGCUGAAGGGGUGCUUGGGAGUCAGCAAGGAAGGAGGUAGUGCUAGCAGUUUCCCCCAUGGAAAAAGACAAGGCAUUAACCCUUUCAAAUAG